GGCGCCGGAGUUGGACGCGUUUUCCCGAAAAUUUUCCCGGAUAGUUUCUCGGAUAACAGUCUGUCUGUGAGUAGUUGGUAGGUCUUGGAGAUUGAUUUUUUUGUGUGGUUAGUUGAAGGUGUCCACCCUCAAGGAAUUAUCGCCUGUGGUGGGGUUUCCUGACUCGGUUGGUGUUAUUUUCUCAUUCAGGGGACACGGUGAAAUUUCGUAUUGGGGAGGGGCCUACCCACCCCCAGCUAAUCAACGAAAUUGUGGCCAUUCAAAGACGUCGUUGGAACUGUUUGAGUUCGGCAGGUGUAGACAUCCGGCUCUCCUUCUUCGUCAGUGCAGAGUAGCUUCAUCCUGCAGGAUCAUAUGAAGUAAUGUGAUUGUGUUGAGGGUCUAGCGGCUAGCAGGAAUGAAUCAUGUUUAAUGUACGCUUCUGGGCAAGGAAUCCAAUAACCCUAGCAUAAUAUAUGUUACUUGGGGCUCAGUAAAUUAAUUGAGAGUGAUUUACGCGCUUGUAGGCGUUGUUGUGCGUUGUGAUUAAUUAUUCUAAGUGGCGUUACAGGCGAUUUGGCUCAAGAGCAAGUCUCGUCUCGUUGUUUCAAGUACACAUCAGUUCUAGAUUGGGGUCAGAUCUGUGAUUUCGCGGCACUCAAGUCAUCAAGCUUAGAAACUAUACAUAUUCCCAGAAGUGAUAAGAAACGAAAUAAAGUUUCACGCGACUCGAUACCGGAAGUAGACGGCCGAGUGAGCCGACUGUGUCUCGAAGAGAAGAAAACCACGGUGAUACCGUGUUGCGCUAAAGUGUGUGUGCGUGUCUAGUGCAGAUUGUAGUCCCAUCUGGCAGUGAGCAGCCAUCCUGCUGCAGAAUUCGAAAAUCUGAUGUAGAAAAGGCUCCCCAGCAAAUGAGAGACAAUGAAAUCCUAAACGAGAAAAAUCUGUACCUAUCCACACAAAAUGAGCCCGUAAAAGUGAAUGCCCCAGGCAGGAAGAUAAAUACAAACAAAAACAACAACGACGAAACAUAAAACAAAACAACAUCCGGCUUCCGAGUUCGUUUCUGGAUUUUGGGUGAUUCUUGGAGAUUCGUUUUUUUUGUCGAGCCGUGCCGUCUGUGUCGUCUUAGUUUGUGGCAAGUGUCUUCACGAUUUGUGUGAAUGAAACAAUAGGAAGGAUAAACUGAUGUUGUGCCGUCACGACAACUGGUGAAAAGAUUCGAAAAACGCGCGCUGGCGGGGCGAAGACAGUGCAAAUUUGUGACAGUGCAAACAGACGACCGACGACGACGGUUGAAUGGCUGAUUUUUAAAUUAUUCCGGGCAAGCAUAUUGUGUGACAUCAUCAAACGGACCGCAUCGAAAUUUCGCAAUCGGGGGGGUUUCUGUUUCACUCGUUAAUAAUUUAAAUUAUCGCCCUCCCACGCUGCUGCCAGAAUCUUGUGUAUUGUUAAUCGAAAUUUUGGCUUGGUUUCGGGGGUGGGCUGAGUUGCUAGUGCAAAUACCAAAAAAGAAGGAAAAGAAGAAUUAAAAAAAAAACAGCGAUCCCAACCGCUGAAAAUGUAUCAAUUAGUGACACCCGGCGGUUGUCGGCCGAAGUUGGCCAAAGGCCCGGCGCUGUUGAUUCUGCUGGCGUCGCUGAUGAUAGCGCAAACUUUGGCCAUGGGAUGUCCGGACAAAUGUACCUGCCAGCAGCGAACGGUUCGCUGUGUGAAGCAGCAGCUGGACAAGAUUCCGGAUAUGCCUCCCGAUACCAAUAUUGUCGAUCUUCGGUACAACCACAUCCGAGACGUCCCGAGCGAUGCCUUCGGCGGGCUGGCCCAUUUGCAUACCGUGUUCCUGAACGAGAACCAACUGGUGCGGAUCCACGAGGGCGCAUUCCGCGGCCUGCCGGCACUCAAGUAUCUGUACCUGAACAAAAACCACAUCCAGUCGGUGGCACCGGAUGCAUUCGAAGAUCUGCCCCGGCUUCAGAGCUUAUAUUUACAUUUCAACAAUAUAAGUACAUUCGAGCGACAAACUUUUUCCGAUAUGCCGGCAUUGGAACGACUAUUCCUGUACGGCAACCAAAUCCGCCAAAUUCCGGAGGGUUCGUUCGGCAAUCUGCAGGCACUGAGACGACUCCGAUUGGAUGACAAUCCCCUGGAAUGCGACUGUUCGCUGUUAUGGUUGCGUCGAAAAAUGGUGCUAACUAAACAACAGCAAGAACAGGAACAGCAGCAACAACAACAGCAGCCAGACCAGCAAGUCAGUGGGUCGCUUCCUCCGACGCCCCCGCUCCUCAUCACCGGAAGUUGUGCCGUACCGGAACCACUAGCCGGCAAAUCGCUGGGCGAUCUCAGCGAAGAGGACGACUUUCACUGCAGCAAACCGGAGAUUGUGGCCCAACCGAAGGAUAUCGAGAUAAGCCUCGGCCAGACGGCAGUGUUUACGUGCAAAGCCAUCGGCGAUCCGAGGCCGGAAAUUGUGUGGAUGCUGAACGAGAGCGAACUGCGCGCGGGUUCAAUUUCGGCGGCGCCAAACCAACAACAACAACAGCAACUGGAUGGUGGACUACUGGAUACCCGGGUCAGUUUGCUGCCCGAUGGGACCCUUCGGAUCGACGAGGUCACACUGGCCGAUGCCGGACACUACGAAUGCAUGGCCAAAAACAACAUGGGCCACACGAUGUCCCGGUCGGCCCGGAUGGUGGUCAACAAUGAGGUAAUCGAAACGGAAGCCGAAGCACCGAAGUUCAUCCAGACACCGCCGCCGGAAAUUGCCCUGGCCGAGGGUGAGGCCAUCGUGCUGCACUGCAUCGUUACCGGGGCCCCAACGCCGAGCAUCAUGUGGAAAUUCAACAACCAAAACAUCCAAAACGGUCGCAUCAAACUGUUCGGAAACGGAUCGCUGAUUUUGCCCGUCUCUUCCCUGGACGAUAGCGGCAUCUACAGCUGCUAUGCCGGAAAUGCCAUCGGCAAUGUGUCGGUCAAUGCAACGGUCCACAUCAAUGCAAUCUCAUCACCCGAAUCGCCGGCUCCAUCCUCAUCAUCACCUUUGCCGUCUUCGUCAUCUGAAUCGUGGUCCACAUCCUUGCCGGAGGCACCGCCGUCGUCAGCUGUGAAUGCGGCCUCGUUUACCACAAAACAGACCUCCAACGGCAACGGCGACAGCAUGAGCAGUUCAACUAGUUCAUCGACACCCCCGCAGGCAUCCUUGGAAGAGGAUGAAGUGGGAGCAGGACUCGAAGCCACAGACAGGACUACGGAAUCUAAUAAACCGGCAUCGUUGGUUGCAGCAUCAUCGCCUAGUUUGACACAACCAAUGCAGACGGAUCCGGCGACCUCCAAAGCUGCCCCUCGAUUUACGUUGGCUCCGGAAAGUGUAAGCGUCAAAGCCGGGGACCAUGUUAGGCUGGAGUGCGAGGCGGACGGAAAUCCACUGCCACACCUCUGGUGGAAACGAAAUGGGCAACCGCUGGCCGAAACCAACCGGAUCUAUCUGAGCGAUGACGACGUGGAGCUGACGAUCGAACACGCCAAGGAAUCGGAUGCAGGAAGUUACGUUUGUGUGGCAGAAAACGAGCUCGGAACGGUCGAGGCAGCCGCACAAGUCACCGUAGUUAACGACGUCGUUGGACCGCCAAGAUUCCUGUUCGAACCGUACGAUUUGGAAGCAGUUGAGGGGACGACCAUUGAGCUGCCCUGUAAGGCCGAGGACGAUAAUGUUGUGCAGACCAAAUGGCGAGUGAAUGGGCGCACCGUGGUCCAGACGGACAGGUACCGGGUCUCCCCGGCCGGCAGUCUGUUCAUCACCAAUCUAACCGAGACCGAUCACGGCCGGUACGAGUGCUCCCUGCAGAAUAAAUACGGCCGGGCGACGGCCAGCGGAUUAGUUACGGUCAAAAAAAAGAUCGAUCUGCUGCCGGGGGAUCAGUUCGUGCGCAUCGCCAUCGCCGAAGCAUCCCGGGAAGUGGACAUGGCCAUCAACCAAACCAUCACCAGGCUAUUUUCCAGUGGCAACAGCACCAACCGAGCCGAUUAUCACAGCGACCUGUUCCGGAUUGUACGGUUUCCUACGGGGCCGGCAAGGGAGUUGGCCCGUGCCGCUGAAGUUUACGAAAGGGCUUUGGUGAAUAUAAGACGACACGUGGACAGCGGCAGGAAGCUGAUGACCAAUAAAACCGAUUUUAAUUACAAUGAUCUUUUGUCGCCGGAGUAUUUGGAUCUGCUGGCUCAGUUGUCGGGUUGUAUGGCCCAUCGAGUAACACCCAAUUGUUCCGAUCUUUGCUUCCAUGCAAAAUUUAGAACGCUGGAUGGAUCGUGUAACAACUUUAAGCAUCCUAUGUGGGGAUCUUCUUUGACAGGUUUCAGAAGGUUGUUGCCCCCGGUUUACGAGAAUGGGUUCAACAUGCCAAUCGGUUGGAACAAAACUAAGAUGUACCAUGGGUUCCGGAAGCCGAGUGCCCGUUUGGUUUCGACGAGUUUGAUCGCUACCAAGGAGAUAACGCCGGACGACCAGAUCACGCAUAUGGUGAUGCAGUGGGGUCAGUUUUUAGAUCACGAUUUGGACCAUGCUAUCCCGUCGGUGAGCUCGGAAAGCUGGGACGGAGUGGACUGUAAGAAAACCUGUGAAUAUGCGGCACCGUGCUAUCCGAUCGAGAUUCCUGCGGAGGAUCCUAGGAUUGGGAAUAGGAGAUGUAUUGAUUUUGUGAGGUCGAGUGCGGUUUGUGGGUCAGGCAUGACGUCGAUCUUCUUCGGAACGGUUCAGCCGAGGGAGCAGAUUAAUCAGUUGACUUCGUUUAUUGAUGGGUCGCAGAUUUACGGCUAUUCGGAGACGUUUGCCACGGAGUUGAGGAAUUUGACUACUAACGAGGGGUUGUUAAGGGAGGGACCGCGGUUUCCGAAUCAGAAGUCGAUGUUGCCUUUCUCGGCUCCAACGGAUGGGAUGGAUUGUAGGAGAAAUUUGGACGAGAGUCAGGUCAAUUGUUUUACGGCUGGAGAUAUUCGAGUCAAUGAACAGUUGGGAUUGUUGGCGAUGCACACGAUUUGGUUUAGGGAGCACAAUAGGAUUGCUGAGGAGCUAAGGAGGGUUAAUCCUCACUGGGAUGGGGACAAGCUGUACUACGAAAGUAGGAAAGUUGUCGGAGCAAUGCUACAAGUCAUAACGUAUGAGCAUUGGUUGCCACUCAUCAUUGGACCUAGUGGCAUGCAGCUUUUGGGCGAAUAUGAGGGAUACGAUUCUACUGUGGAUUCAUCGAUAUCCAACGAAUUUGCAACGGCUGCUCUCCGUUUUGGUCACUCACUUAUUAACCCUAUUCUUCAUAGACUUGACGAAUCUUUCCAACCUAUUUCUCAAGGUAAUAUCCCGUUACACAAGGCGUUCUUUGCACCGUGGCGUUUGGUUUACGAAGGUGGUGUUGAUCCACUGUUGAGAGGAUUGUUUACAGUUCCAGCAAAGUUGAAGAAGCCUAAUCAAAAUCUGAAUACCGAUCUUACUGAGAAACUGUUUGAAACUGCUCAUGCUGUAGCGCUUGACUUGGCAGCGAUCAACAUUCAAAGAUCGCGUGAUCAUGCCAUUACUGGUUACAACGAUUAUCGCAAGUUCUGCAAUAUGCGAGUAGCUAACACGUUUGAUGAUCUGCAUCAAGAAAUCUCAAGCGAAUCUAUUCGAGAAAGCUUGAAACAGCUCUAUGGUCAUCCGGAUAACAUUGAUCUCUGGGUCGGAGGAAUUCUGGAAGAUCAGCUACCCGGAGCUAAGGUUGGCCCACUGUUCAUGUGUCUUCUGGUGGAACAGUUCAAGAAACUACGCAGUGGAGACCGAUUCUGGUACGAAAACAAUCAGUUCACACCCGAUCAGCUGUCCGAAAUUAGGAAAACGACACUUGGACGAGUCCUUUGCGACAACGGUGACAACAUAACCCAAGCAACGGAUAACGUGUUUGUCUUGCCCAACAAGCAAGGAGGCUAUCGACACUGUGACGUUCUACCGCAGAUCAACUUCGAACCCUGGGUGGACUGCACAGACUGCUCGAGACAUCACAAGCGGUACGAAUCGUUGAAUCGUCAACGAAGAUCAACCAGAGUUAGACGAGAGAUCAACGCCAAACUAGCUAAGAAACCGGAACCCGAAAACCACCUAGAACUUGAGGACGCCUUCAUCGACGACGACAUGAACGAGGAACGUAUCGAAGGCCUGGAAGCACUGAUCGAAUCGUUCCAGAAAUCGAUGAAGCAAAUGCGGCGGAAGCUACGAAGACUAGAGCAGCAGUGCGCCAACAAUCCGGCAACGAAUCCAGCCAAAGGAAAACCGCACGGCCAUUGCGUCGACGACAAAGGAAUCAAGCGGCUAAACAACGAGAUCUGGAUGCGGGACGAUUGCACCAAAUGUGAGUGCGAACACCACCAGAUCAGCUGCGAGACGGAGAAGUGCGCAGAGCUGAUCUGCGAAAAUGGGCUGGUCCUGAUGAAGGAGGACGGAAAGUGCUGCGCAAUGUGCGCCGUCGAUGAUAGCGGCUUCUCGAACACUCCUCCGCGAGUUGUCGACGUCGAGUGAACCGGGUAGUAGUGAUUUUACAAGAAAAAAAAAAUUUACUUACCUACUAACUACUACUAUAAGAGGUUUUAGCUUGCCAAAGUUAGAUGUUCGAACUAGCGUUUUGUGAAGAUAAUAAGAGGGCGGAAAAACUAACAUUUGAAUUCUUGAGCUGAAGUAUGAAUUUUUUUGUUUCAAUCUGUCAAAUGCAGCCACAAGCUUUGAAUAGUUUCAAACAAGUUUGCUUGAAAAUGGUAAUUGGUAGAGAUUUGUUAAACGAUAAUUUCAACAGAACAAAAGAAUCUGGAGAAACGUUGAAAGAAACGUAUAAAAUACAGAGAACAUUAAAACUAUAAAAACGCCCAAAAUCAAAACAUCACAGACAUGAAAAAAAUAUAUCGUGUUCAAAAUGUAUUCAUUCAAAAAUUUCACUAAAAGUAAAAAAAACCUGAAUAAAUGAAAAAAACGAGUUUUGAAUUCUUAUUCAAAAUUAAAUGUACUAAUUUUGAUUCAGGAAAUCAAACUUCAAUCCUAAAUUCUGUUUCAAAAUUGUUUCUUUUAAUACUGAGUCCAGAAUAAGAGUAUUGAAUUUCAACUCUGAACAUGAACUCUAGACCUGAAUUCUGAAUUCU